UUAAACAUGCAUCACGAUCACUUACCACACCACUGUGUUUGUCUCUAGCCAUCAUCAUCUUCUAUUUAUCUUCAUCAUCCUUUUCAAAUGUUCCACCUACUCUAACCCGUCUUCUUAAUCCAAACCUCACUAUCCAGAAACACCAAACGACCAUGAAGACCCUUUUCUUGUUCCUGUUCGUUCUCUCCAACACGCUCUGUUUUUCUCAGGCCAAAGUCAAAGGUCCCAUCACGUAUUUAUGGCCGUUGCCGGCCGAGUUCACCUCCGGCAACGAGACGCUCUCCGUUGACCCGGCGCUGUCGCUCGUCGUCGGCGGGAAUGGGGGGAACUCCGGCAUUCUGAGGGCAGCGUUUGAUCGGUACAGGGCGAUUAUAUUUAAGAACAGUAAUGGGGUAACUGGGAUUGAGAAGAUGAAGGCCAGGAAGGGAAGCUAUGAUAUUAGUAAAGUCAGAGUUGUUGUGCAGUCGGAGAGCGAAGAGCUUAAUCUCGGUGUUGAUGAGAGCUAUACUCUGUUUGUGUUGAGGAAAGAUGGGAAAGCUAUUGUUGGGGAGGCCACUAUUGAGGCAAACACAGUGUAUGGUGCACUGCGGGGGUUAGAGACGUUCAGCCAAUUGUGUACUUAUGACUAUGAAACUAAAUCCAUGCAAGUACAUAAGGCACCCUGGAACAUACGAGACAAACCAAGGUUUGCAUAUCGAGGACUCAUGCUUGAUACAUCAAGGCACUACUUACCAAUUGACGUAAUUAAGCAAGUAAUUGAAUCGAUGGCAUACGCAAAAUUUAAUGUUCUUCAUUGGCACAUCAUUGAUAAAGAGUCAUUUCCUCUAGAAGUACCUUCAUUUCCAAAACUGUGGAAAGGUGCAUAUUCACAGUGGGAGAGAUACACCAUUGAAGAUGCAUAUGAGGUUGUCAACUUUGCAAAAACUAGAGGCAUCAAUGUUAUGGCAGAAGUUGAUGUCCCUGGUCAUGCACAAUCUUGGGGCACUGGAUAUCCUGAUCUCUGGCCUUCCCCUUCCUGUACACAGCCUCUUGAUGUCUCAAAGAAAUUUACUUUUGAUGUACUUUCUGGCAUUCUGACAGAUUUGAGAAAGAUUUUCCCCUUCGAGCUAUUCCACUUGGGUGGUGAUGAAGUUAAUACAUCUUGCUGGGAAACUACUACACAUGUAAAUAAAUGGCUUGAUCAACAGAACAUGACUGCCAAAGAUGCCUACCAAUAUUUUGUUCUCAAAGCACAAGAAAUAGCAAUUUCCAAAAACUGGACACCCGUCAACUGGGAAGAAACCUUCAACACCUUCCCAACAAAGCUUAAUCCAAAGACUGUAGUGCAUAACUGGUUGGGGGGAGGCGUUUGUCCAAAGGCUGUUGAGAAAGGUUUCAGGUGCAUUUUCAGCAAUCAAGGUGUUUGGUAUCUCGACCAUCUAGAUGUGCCUUGGGAUGAAACAUAUAAUGCUGAUCCACUUGAAGGUAUACAUGAAUCUUCCAAGCAAAAGCUUGUCCUUGGAGGAGAAGUAUGCAUGUGGGGUGAGACUGCUGAUCCAUCCAAUGUUCAACAAACAAUAUGGCCUCGAGCUGCAGCAGCUGCAGAGCGCCUGUGGAGCACGAAGCGGUCAACUACUGGAAAAAGUAGUAAUGGAACUGCGCUACCUAGGCUACAUUAUUUCAGAUGCCUCUUGAAUAGGCGUGGAGUUCAAGCCGCUCCAGUUGAAAACUUCUACGCUCGAAGUGCUCCAACUGGUGCUGGCUCAUGUUAUGUUCAGUAAUUCUUCCAUUUUGUCAUAAGUUCAUAUAAUGUAAUUUCGUAUUCAGAAAUGCAACAUUCAUCUGUCUUGAUUAAAUAUAUGUGCCUUUUCAUGAUA